CCGCUCUGGCCGGCGCUCGGUGCCCGCCGUGCCCGCGGAGGGAGGGCCCUCGCCCGGCGAGUGGCCAAUCCGGGCGGGCGCUGGCGGCGAGCAGGGGCAGAAUGGGCUGUAGUUGAGCGAAAUAGGGAAAGCGGCGAACAGUGUGGAGCGUUCCCGGUGUAAAUAAAAGGGGGGGGCGAAAAAAAAAAAAAAAAAAAAAAAGUUUGUGGAAGUCGCCGCCCUGCAGCCUCGCUCGGGCAGCGGCGCGGGGGCUUGUGCGGUGCGGGAGCCCGGCACGGAGGACUUUAGUGCGCGGCGUUAACACGCUCUGCCUAUUGUUUGUGUUUUUUUCCAAAAUAUGGCAAAGGUUCAGGUGAACAAUGUAGUGGUGUUGGAUAAUCCUUCUCCUUUCUACAAUCCUUUCCAGUUCGAAAUCACAUUCGAGUGCAUAGAGGACCUGUCUGAAGAUUUGGAAUGGAAAAUAAUUUAUGUGGGUUCAGCUGAAAGUGAAGAGUAUGAUCAGGUGUUAGACUCUGUUUUAGUUGGACCUGUUCCUGCAGGCAGACACAUGUUUGUAUUUCAGGCUGAUGCACCUAACCCAGGGCUUAUUCCAGAUGCAGAUGCAGUAGGUGUAACAGUUGUGCUAAUUACAUGCACUUACCGAGGUCAAGAAUUUAUUAGAGUCGGCUACUAUGUAAACAAUGAAUAUACUGAAACAGAACUGAGAGAGAAUCCACCAGUAAAGCCAGAUUUUUCUAAGCUUCAAAGGAAUAUUUUGGCAUCUAAUCCCAGAGUCACAAGAUUCCACAUUAAUUGGGAGGACAACACUGAAAAACUGGAAGAUGCAGAGAGCAGUAACCCAAAUCUACAGUCCUUGCUUUCCACAGAUGCAUUACCUUCAGCAUCAAAGGGGUGGUCAACAUCAGAAAAUUCACUAAAUGUUAUGUUAGAAUCUCAUAUGGACUGCAUGUGACUAACCACCAUCCUUUUGGUACUGUAUAUGUGUUAAACUGUAAAAACAACCAGAACUAUUUCCCUCAAAUUCCAUAAGUACAUAGUUGAAGCAAUGUGAAGAACUUGUUUUAAAACAUCCUGUAGAAAGUUUAUAAAAAAAACAAAAACAAAAAACCCAACAAACAAACAGUAUUUGAGCAGAUUGUGAAAUAUAAAUACAACUAUUUUUAAGUAAUUGUCUUUUUUUCUAAUGUGUUAUUCUAUGUGGUCUAAACCAAACCUGAUUAAAGUAUAUGUAUUCUCUCCCCUCCCCCCUUUA